AUGACCGCUGAUUUACCUAUCGUUAAGUGUGUAGCUAGGGCUCGUAUACCUACUACUCAAGGUCCUGAAAUUUUUUUGCAUUUAUAUUCUAAUAACGUCGAUAAUAAAGAACAUCUGGCCAUUGUAUUUGGUGAAGAUAUCAGAUCAAGGUCGUUAUUUGCUAGGAGACCAAAUGAAUCCCAAACUGAUAGAAUGAUUAGAGGUGCAUAUGUAGGGAAAUUGUAUCCCGGUAGAACCGAGGCAGAUUUUGAUGAUAGAUUGGGUCUACAAUUGAAAUUUGCUAGUGAUGGUACACUAAUAGUUGAAGACAAAACUACAUGGAAUGGUGUCACUAAUGAUACUUUGGUAAGGAUCCAUAGUGAAUGUUACACAGGUGAAAAUGCAUGGAGUGCAAGAUGUGAUUGUGGUGAACAAUUCGAUAGAGCAGGUAAAUUGAUCGCUAGUGACGAAGAAAUUGAAACCGGCAUCAAAGGUGGUUCUGGCCAUGGUGUCAUUGUCUAUCUAAGACAAGAAGGUAGAGGUAUUGGCCUGGGUGAAAAAUUAAAGGCCUAUAAUUUACAAGAUUUAGGUGCUGAUACUGUACAAGCCAAUUUAAUGUUAAAACAUCCUGCUGAUGCCAGAGAUUUUUCUAUCGGUAAAUCUAUACUGAUGGAUCUAGGAAUCAAUAACGUUAGGCUGUUGACUAACAAUCCAGACAAGAUCGAACAAGUAGAAUACACUCCAUACAUCAAAUGUGUGGAAAGAGUACCCAUGGUACCAAUACAUUGGACGAACGAAAAUAAAGGUAUAGAUUCUGUGGAAAUCGAAGGAUAUCUAAGGACGAAGAUUGAAAGAAUGGGCCAUCUCUUACAAAAACCGAUCAAAUUACAUGCUAAUGAAAAUGUCACUACUAUAUAA